GAGCAACAUGCCAGAAGUAGUGAAAGCGCCCAAGAAGGGCUCUAAGAAAGCCGCCACGAAGACUGCCAGCAAGUCUAAUAGGAAGAGGAGAAAGGGCAGGAAGGAGAGCUACGCUAUUUACGUGUACAAGGUGCUGAAGCAGGUGCACCCCGACACCGGUAUUUCCUCCAAGGCUAUGGGCAUCAUGAACUCAUUUGUGAGCGACAUCUUCGAGCGUAUCGCCGGUGAGGCCUCCCGUCUGGCUCACUACAACAAGCGCUCCACCAUCACUUCCAGAGAGAUCCAGACCGCCGUCCGCCUGCUGCUGCCCGGGGAGCUUGCUAAGCACGCCGUUUCUGAGGGUACCAAGGCCGUCACCAAGUACACUAGCUCCAAGUAAACCUGCUGACACAUCAACAACACCAAGGCUCUUUUAAGAGCCGCCCACUUUGUCUGGAGGCGUUUCCUGAGAACUUUGAAAGUAUUUUCUUACAAAGUGAAACGGGUCUAGUAUAGACGUCAUAAACUACCAAUCACUUAAAUUAGCCUACAUAGUAGUGCUUGUGAGGAAUUUAAAGGUCCUGCCACAACGAAUAUAUACUACCUAUGUUUAAUAAGACUUACACACUUUGCUUUUGAAAACUACAGCUUACAAAGUGCUUCAUAAUACAAAACCAUACAAAACACAUUCACAUAAAUGCAAGUAAUGUAUAAUAUGAAUAUGUAAACAUUCCUUUAGAUUCAUACAUACCCACAUAUAUGCAUAUAUAGCUACAUAUGCAU